AUGACGUCCACCUCGUCCGAGUUCUUGGAUAUUCCCAUCGAGAUCCGUCUCGAAAUUUACUCGCAUCUCCUCCUAUGCCCUCCUUUGGACAAACUCGCCCCAGAUACACGGCCUGUCCAGCGGCUGCACCCAGCAAUCCUAAAGGUCAACCGCCAAAUCCACGACGAAGCGUCUCCGAUACUCUACUGCAAAAAUAUUUUCCUCGCCCACGAAACGCUGCUCGCAUCGUUCCCGCGCCUUCGGCCCUGGUACCCGCCUGUGAAGGAACGUUCGGUGCUUCCUCGCAUCCGCCGAUUCCAUAUCCGUGUGCGGCUCGACUGUGACCCAGGAUACAACGCAGAAGCAGCGACGGCGGCCUUCAGCGGCGCCGACCAGCUAGUCAUCGAAGUCCGACAGUCAAUGUUUCUAGGCGCAGACCAUGAGGUGAUGCAGCUGUUCGAGGGAGUCCGCCGUGUCAAGGUCGUGAAGAUCUACGGAAGUACCACUGGCUUUGAAGACUACGCGCGGUGGCUGGAGGACGUGAUGCAGUCCGAUGCCGACGACGUCGACAAUGUUGAGACGAGGCUGGCUUCAUUUAGAGGCAACCACCAAGUCUAA